CGCAUGAAAUAUCACGACACCUACUUAUACAACAACUCUAGAAGAAGAAUGAUCGUUCGCUUGAUUGAUUGCUUACUUUCGCUUAAUUUUUUUCAUAUUUCUCAAUUAAAUUUUGUUAUAUUAAUUUGUACUUUCAAUGAAAAAAAUAUAAUAUUUCUUCAUAUUACAAUUUUGGAAAAAGAUUUGAAAUAGUUCGACGAGUUUGAAAGUGCCGCUUCUAUUUGGAGUUGUCGUUGGUCGUCAUUAAUAUCUGACAGAAUGCCUUUUGGAUCGUUGGACGAUUUUAUUAUGUGCAAAAACAGUCCAGGUUCAUUGCGGGCGACAGGGAUGAUGAUCCUGAUUUGCGGACUGGCCAUGCUGACCCUCGGCAUCAUCGAUGUGGUACACUACGCUAAUUGCAUGACCCAAACUACAACAACGACACCGGCCUCUUCAAUCUCAGCCACGAACACCUCAGUAGCAUUGAACGCUACUGCAACAACAGCCGCGUCAGCGACGACCAAUUCUGCUAAUUCUGAUUUUGAAUUAACACAGAUUGGUGCUGGCAUCUGGGGUUCCAUUCCUGUUAGGGUCAUCUUGACUGGAGUACUGGCCAGGCGUGGUCCAUCAUAUCCUGAAUACUCGUUGAAAUUUUUGGUCCUGUUAACGUUGGAAGCGGGUUUCGUAUUUGCGCCGACUGUCCUCAUCAUCAGCUCCAUUGACGCCAGCAAGCAAGUGUAUCUGUCCUGCACACAAAUCAACAACGUGGCUGUGUCCGUAGCUUUGGCGGUCUUCUCAGGGCUGGCCACACUUCUCAUCAUGCUCAUCAACUAUCGCAUGUGCUGCUCACACUUUGACAACUUCGUCGAUGACGAUAACGAUGCUCUAACGAAGCAUGCAGUGCGACCGAAAAAGAUGUUCAACUUGUUUGCAGAGAAGGAUCAGUUCAUGAAAUCGAACAUUCCGAAGCAACCCCUGAACAACAAUGGAGUGGAUAGGUUGCCAGCCACCCUCCCCCAACCUACCAACACCAUUUACGUACCAUACAGCAUCAUGCGCUCAACUGCACCUCAACCACAAUAUCUGGGGGGACCUGGUAUAACUCUUGGUGGAGGUGGAAAACUUAUGACUAAUAGCCUGUACACCCCUGGAUCCAUUUAUCCAGUGGCCACUCAACAAGCAAUUACCCCAGUAGUUGCAAACGCAGCUUCUGUUCAGCAGCUUCAAAUGGUGGCUCCCACGAAUGGAAACACUUCGAAAGAGCCGCCCUACUUCAUAAGUUUCACGGGAGGUGAUAGGAUCAACACGAACAUGUACCCUCAGUUGUACAAGAUGGCUUGAGUUUACAGCGUCGUGUUGCUUCAUAUUGCACUCUCAAGUUAUUGCUAAAUCAAACAAAUUUUAUUCUCAGUUAUCUUGAAAAUAACUUAUUGCAAUUGAAAUUAAACAUUUUUAGCUUACUAGUAGGGAACUAUUCAAAGUUUUCAAAACAUUUUGAUAAUCUUGAGUUACAUUACGUACGAAAGAGUAAUGGAAACAUCCCAAACUAAUCUAAACUCAUCGUGUUAUUAUAUAAAUAGAUAAAAAAUGAUAUCAUUUCGUUUUAAUUUUUAUAUAUCUAAUAAUUUAUCUAAAAUAGAUAAAAAACGUUUAUAUUUCUAAUUAACUAACAAAAUAUUUAGCAAACACUUUCCAUAACUUUAUUAUACAUUAACCUAUGAUAUCGCUUUGAGACCUGUAAAAUUGUUCUUGUUCCAUUACAAUUUAAGGCAGUUGAAUUGGCGGUCGGGGUAUUUUUUCAUGUAGUAAAACUUUUUUUUGAAUCUGAAUGGAACUUAUUGAAUGAAAUAAAUUUUUACGCUGAAAUCUAAUUACAACGUUCCAUUUUUUGUAAUUUCAAUGAGCAUUAUUUUUCACACAUUCUCAAACUUUUAAGAAAUAAACAUUUAAAAAAUGAAA